UGCAUAUUACCUUUAUAAGAGCCUAACCCGCAGACCCAUGAGCUUCCAUUAAUUACCAGCGCAUAGGAGAGUGUAUCUGUGUGUGUCAGUGUGAGUGUGUUGCUGACCAGUACAUACAGAUACACAUUAUGUGGAUGAUGCGACUCCACUAGGACGUGGGAACCUUCUCGAGUGGAGUAGACUUCGGGAUCGGACUUGAUUCGGAGUGUUUGCUGUCGUGGAUCCCCCAUCUGCGGCUAUUGACGGGAUAUAUCUGUAGCCCUAUAGAAUAAUAUCUACGUCUGUAUAUUGUAUAUAAUGCCGACACAUCUGAGAUUUCGCAAAAGGUCAUUUCUCGGACUCUUGUUCCUCUUCUCACUGUCCACAUCUGCGCUCUACUUCAUUUAUUCAGCACCUGGCAUAGUUAAUGAAUACCUUUUUAUGGCUCAAGCCCGCGGCAUUCAGAUCCGUGAAAAUGUGAGGAAUAUCGGUGCACAAGUUAUCGAGCAGGUGGUGCGCAGCGCUUACAACAUCAACGGCACAGACUACACGUAUGAGUUUAAUUUGAGCGAGACAGAUGUGCCCACCACUCCAUUCCUCCCCGAGGACUUUACGUACAUGCCAGAUCAGGUCUGCCCCGAGAAACUGCCCACCAUGAAGGGUCGUGUGAAGGUGAACAUGAGUGAAAUCCUUCUAGAGGACAUGGAGAAGCUGCUGAAGGAGGCCGAGCCCAGUCUGACCCGCGGAGGCCAUUGGAAACCCCACGACUGCCUUCCACGCUGGAAGGUGGCCAUUUUGGUUCCCUUCAGAAAUCGUCAUGAGCACCUGCCCAUACUCUUCCGUCACCUGAUCCCAGUGCUGCAGAGACAGAGACUGCAGUUUGCCUUCUACGUCAUUGAACAGGCUGGGAAUGAAGCAUUUAAUCGUGCUAUGCUGUUUAACAUCGGAUUUAAAGAGGCCAUGAAGGACUUCAACUGGGAUUGCGUAAUAUUCCACGACGUUGACCACCUUCUGGAAAAUGAUCGUAACUACUAUGGCUGUGGUGAAAUGCCAAGACACUUUGCGGUCAAACUCAACAAGUACUCAUACAUGCUUCCUUAUGAGGAGUUCUUUGGUGGUGUCAGUGGACUCACUGUGGAACAGUUUCGAAAGAUUAACGGUUUUCCCAAUGGAUUCUGGGGCUGGGGAGGCGAGGAUGACGACCUUUGGAACAGGGUUCAGUUUGCCGGCUACAAAGUGAGUCGACCGCCUGGAGAACUUGGCCGUUAUAAGUCCAUACCGCACCACCAUCGAGGGGAAGUCCAGUUUCUGGGAAGAUACAAGUUGCUCCGCAGAUCCAAGGAGAGACAGAGAGUGGAUGGCUUGAAUAACUUGAAUUAUUACCCUCUAUUGUCUCGGAUGAGUCUCUACACUAAUGUUUCUGUGAUCCUCAAUCGAGAUCUAGCACCUGUCAUGGACUACUGACCUCAUUCAAGGGACUAUGCAAGGGAGGUGCUCAUAGUCUCUUACUAGCAUAGCCACAUGCUAAAGCACCAUUUUUAGCCUUAUUUUAUUUAUUUUUUUAACGAAAGAGAGAGCUGGGAAUUGCCAUAGCUCCUCAAAGCAAGUUUUUUUUUCCAUAAUUGUUUUUAUUUAAACAUUUUCUACAAUUUUUUUUAUAUUACUCCACAUUUCAUUACAUUUUUGCUUUUUGUGAAUCUAUCAUUUUCCUUUGAUAUGCUUUCAUUGUUCACCUACCAUAUAAAUGAUGCAUUCUGAGAAUCUAAAACCCUUACCACUGGUUUCCCUUUGACUGACCAAUCAGAUCCAAUGUGGGCUUGUCUUCUAAUCAGACUCCGGCAGGGGGGGCGGAGUCGCAUGUUUACAGCAUGUGUGAUAAAAGCUAGGGAACAAGUUAAUAUACUGAACGACUUUAGAAUAGCCAUCGCAGAAGCUUGUGCCAGAAACAAACACAGCUGGUUCUGUGUUUUAGAAUAGAAACAAAUAAUUGCAGAUGAAACUAAUUAUGAAAUAUACAAUAAAAAAAGCAUGCACUGACACUUAGAUACUACUAACAUCACUAGUUGGGAGAGUGCGUGUGAGUGAUUUAGUGCUCAUGAAACAUUAUGACAUCAGCACCAUGUUCGGAUUGCAAUGCUAACUUACUGCUCACUGAAAACUGAAAUUCUGGUUAAUUCGUCACCGUGGAAAUUGCUAUUCCAAACAUAAUGUAGCCUAACUCUAUACUUUAAAGGAAACGUUUUUCAUAGGACCUAGACUAAGGCCAGGUUACUUGAUGGAUUAAUAAUGUGAUAUCCAUUCAAGCUGUAUGUGUGUGGGUCUGUUGAUGGCUUAAUACACUGGGCUCUCUUUCAAACAAGCAUUUUGAAGCUUGUGUUUGCAGAGGGAUUUUUUUUCUUCAUUAGUUUCCAUAUUAGGAGUGUUACCCAUGCCCUGCCCAUCUCAGUCAAAUGAGUGUACUUUGCAUUUAAGCAAUAUGCUGCUGCCUCUCUAUUGUAAAAUGUGUGUGUAGUCACCUUUGGGUAUUAACAAAAGGCACUGAUGAUAUAGAAAUAUUGUGUGUGUGUGUGUGUGUGUGUGUGUGUGUGUGUGUGUGUGUGUGUGUGUGUGUGUGUGUGUGUGUGUGUGUUAUAAAACUUGAUUCCAACUAACUACGGUCAUAAUUGCCGUUGUAUAAUUCCGAGCGUGGUGUGAUGUCUGAAGUUGAUUUGGACAAACCAAAUGGUUUACAGACAACUCACUACAAACCGCUCACUGGGCCUUAUUCAUGAAACAUGAGCUUUUGGUGAAAAUUGCUCGCAAACCAUUUCUUUGUAAAGUGAUGCAUUGAUGUGACAGUCUACUUUAAUUAAACACAAGCAGAAAUAAUUUGUCUAUAUAAUUUGUAAAGCCAUUGUUUAGCAAAUUACCACAAUGAUGCAACAGUUUAAAUUUAUGAAACAUGCGCAGAACAAAUUUCUGUGUAAAUCGUUCAAAAAACCAUUGAUGCAUUGAUGUAAAAAUAUGCAUUCAUGAAACCCAAGCUGAAUGAAUUGCUGACAAAAAAUGUUCUAUAAACCAUUCACAAAAAAUUUACGUAACAAUUUUUGUCCAUGAAACCCAAGCAGAGUGAAUUUCUGUCUAAAUAAUUUGUAAAACCAUCCUCACAUAAAUUGUUGCAUCAGUACGAUAAAGCGCAAAUUAUUAACAGUUUAUGCUCAUGAAACUCAUGCAGAACGAAUUUCCAUGUAAAUCGCUCAUAAAACCAUGCUUCAUAUUUGACACAUUUAUGUAAAAAAUUGCUCACAUGAAACGCUGCCCUUACGAAAUCGAGAGUGCAUGGCAAAUUUGCCAAAGGUUUGAUGCAGGUUCACCACUACUGGUGAAGAGCUGCAAACUUAGAAUGGUUUUUCGAACAGUUUACGCCGUGCUUCAUUCUGCUCGUAUUUCACGAAUAAGGCCCUUUGUGUUUUUACCAUGCGCUUAUUAUCGUUACACACAAUUUUAUGUCGCCUUGAGUGUGUACGAAUGUGACUGUGAAAGUGUAUGUUCAUCAAACCACAGAGGCUGGCCCUCGUAUUUAUUCAGUCUUUUAUGAACAUGUUUGUUUUUUAGAUAAUCUUUCCUAUUUCUGUCAUUUGUUUUUCAGUAACUGGGAUUAUUUUGAAGGAAACAGAUUAACAAUAAGAACAAUGAUGUACAAGCACUGAAUUUGUUUCUCAUGACAUAUAAUGUGAGGUUGAUCACGUUUGUUGCUGUUAAACCGAAUGGGCUGCAUUUUUGCAUGAUGGCACAAGAGAAUGAGACACUUAGAGAGACGAUUUUUAAACGAUCCCAUCCCGGUAACUAAUGGUGCUGAUGUUACAGAUAUUAGUAUUGUGCUGCCGCAGUACUUUUGUCUUGUAGCAGAUAAUUAUACAAGAUUUAGAUAAAUUAUACUCUGCUGCAUUGAUGUGACAUUCUGAUCAGAGUAAUCGGUCCAUGUAGCAGGUCAAUUGGGAGUGUUUUGUGGGAAAUGCGGACAGAGCAGAUCGCUGUCUCUGUAAAGUCUGAUUGCCUCGGACACCAAUGGAUUUUUGUGCCAAUGUUUGGGGUCUUUAUUAACUCAUGAUUAUAAUUUGUGUUUGAAUUCUCUUAAGUCCAAAUUCUAAUACUAAUGCUGGUGUUUGUAUGCUCAUGUAAAUACCUCAAUCAAACUGUACUGUAUUGUGGCUCAAGUUGACCUAUCACUUGGUAGAAGAUACCAAUGAGCAAUACAUUAGCAUUCCUUUUCAAUUUUUUGAGGAUCAUAUGAAUAGUGGAAGGAAGAUUCAAGUUUGCAAUGUAAUUCAAUACUGGCUCUGAAUCAGAUGUAAAACCAGCUUGCGUCCAUACUGUAGGAAAACACAGCUGCGGACCCCAUCAUUGGCACACUGCAAUCCACUAUAUAACCCAUUCUGCUCCAGCUGAAAUGAUAGGGAUACUUCCCUUGAACAGCUGGCUGCCUUAAAACCUCUUAAUUUAUUCAAUAUUUAAUCAUGUUUUUUUUUUUUUUUAUAAACAAAUACAUUUAAAAAUGUUAAUGUGUUUAUUCACCUGUACAUAUUGUGUAGUGUGUUUUGGAGCAAAAACAAAAAAUAUCAUAUUAGUAAUUGCAAAAGUUGACUUACUAUAUAUAUAAAAAAAAGUCCUUUAUUAAUUUGGUGCAUUUACCUCAAUGCCAUGAGCUGUACGAGCUGUGUUUAACUAUUUAAUCAUGACUGGCCUUAAAUUCUGUUUGUAGGAUCAUUUGUCAUGAUAAAGAUGCUUCUCUGUGACAUAUCAUAUUAAGUUCUCAUUAGAAAAUGUUUUGUCUGCCAACAACGUUGUAAAAUUUCUUCCUUAGACAACCAGACCUGUACAAUAAUCUCCAAACAAGACAUUCAGUUUGAUCUUUGUAUAAAACCAAGACAAUUGAAAUGUUUUGAGAAAAGAAAAUAUUAUAUUAAGGAGAUCUGGUCUCCUUGAAAUGAAGCCAUCUGCCACUCGUACAAUAUUUCUGGGCCUUAGUGUUUGUGCAAAUUAACAUAUCUUUGAGUAGAAGCACUUUGUUUUUCUAUUAUUGUUGUUGAAAUGUCUGAAGUACACCAAUAAAAAAACUUUAAGCAAUA